AUGGUGCAAAAGUAUGAGUCUCCCGUCCGGAUCUACAAAUAUCCUUUCGAGCUGGUGGUGGCGGCAUACGAGCGCCGCUUUCCAACAUGCCCGCAAAUGCCGAUCGUCCUGGAUUGUGAGGUGAUCGAGGACAGCGUGUACGAGAAUGGAUCGCGCCGGGACACGAAACGUCGCUGCAAGAUCGCGGUUGAGGCACCGUACCUCAUCAAGAAGAUCAUCGGUGUCGACGUGGUGUUCUUCAUCCAGAAGAACUUUCUUGACAUGAAGACGCGCACGUUGAACAUUGAGGCGACGAAUGAGUCGUUUGCAACGCGUGUGGAAAUCUUUGAGAAAUGCCGGUACUAUGCUCACCCGGAAAACCCAGACUGGACGUGCUUCGACCAGACGGCAACGCUUGACAUCAAGAACUUCUUUGGGAUUGAGCACUCGAUGGAGAAGAUGGGCAUGAAGCAGUACACGCAGACGACCCUUAAGGGCAAGGAAAUCAUCGAGUACUUCGUGAACGAACUGAAGCUGGAGGGCAUCACGCAUGUAGACAGAUGGGAAGCCGACACAACGGUUAGCUUGGCAAACGCGUCAUCGACCACCACGGUGCUGGCAGAGAAACCGCCACUCUGUCGCGAUAAUUCCAUCCUAGACGCGGAUUACAUCGCCAAAUAUCUCGGCCAAUUAACGCCCCUGCAAGAGUCGAAGCUCGUGCAGUUGCGCAAACGCUUCGAGCAGACGCCCUCGGAACACCCGGAACCGGACUACCAGACGUUGUUGCGGUUUUUGCGAGCGCGCGAUUUUAGCAUCGACAAGGCGACGGCCAUGUUGCAGGAGUCGCUUCAAUGGCGCAAGGAGCACCGGAUCGACGACAUCCUGGGCGAGUACAAAACGCCGGUUGUGGUGGAAAAGUACUUUCCCGGUGGUUGGCACCAUCACGAUAAGGACGGACGACCGUUGUACAUCCUGCGGCUUGGCACGAUGGACGUCAAAGGGUUGCUGAAGUCGGUCGGUGAAGAUGAGCUGCUAAAAUUGACGCUGCACAUCUGCGAGGAAGGCUUGAAACUGAUGAAGGAGGCCACGAAGCUGUUUGGCAAGCCAAUCUGGAACUGGUGCCUGCUGGUUGACCUGGAUGGGCUGUCGAUGCGGCAUCUGUGGCGUCCGGGUGUGAAGGCUCUGCUGCGCAUUAUUGAAACGGUCGAGAAAAACUACCCCGAAACGAUGGGCCGCGUGUUGAUCGUGCGAGCACCCCGUGUAUUCCCUGUCCUGUGGACCAUCGUUAGCGCAUUCAUCGAUGAAAAUACUCGCUCCAAGUUUCUGUUCUUUGGCGGUCCGGAUUGCAUGCACGCGGAGGACGGUCUCGAGCAGUACAUCGAUACGGAUAAGAUCCCGAGCUUUUUGGGAGGCUCUUGCAAUACGUUAAUCCAUGAAGGGGGUCUAGUUCCGAAGCAUCUCUACAAAUCGGAAUCGAUCGAGGAAAGCAACGGUGCCGUACAAUCGCACGAUCAUCACGGACUCUACAAAUCGGUUGACCUCAAGCCCGGCCAGCUGUUCGAGCUACUCAUUUACAACACCGACCCGAAGAGUGUCCUCACGUGGGACUUUGAGGUGCUGAAGUAUGAUGCACUUUUCGCGGUUUAUCACACGGACACAGAGCUGGAGCAGCGAGGAAACGAUAACUUUUCCUCUGUGUUCGAUGCGCCGGAGUAUAAAGAAGGGCUCAACUAUAAGAAAAUUGAACAGAGCGUCAAAUGCCGCCCGAAGGAAGGAGUUCAGGGGUCACACGAAAUGGCAUCCACUGGCACGUACGUCCUGCAAUGGAUGUGUCCCCCGUCCUGCGAUGGACCAGCUCAAUUGAUGUAUUUCCACGAAAUCCUCAGCUCAGCAAACUACAAAGGCUCGAUGACUAGUCUGCAGUCAGGAUUCUCCUCGAACAGCUUACAAUCGCGAUGA